AUGGCUGCGAGCCCAGCUGGCAUUCGGCUAUCAAUUUGGAUGGCCGUAUUUACUCUCCUGACAUCUGCUGUCAUUGCCUUGCGGAUUUGGGCGAUUCACAUAACUCGGAAGAGCCUCCAGCUUCAUGACUAUUUCGUGAUUAUUGCCCAUAUCAGUGCGUGUACCAUGACUGGGCUGAAUUACUGGGCGGUAGCUAACGGGCUGGGCGGACACACAAUGACUUUGUCCCGUGAGGAGCUCCGUGUCCAGUUCAAGAUGAUCAUCGGUGUAAGUAUGACCUGGCUUACAGGAACGGUGUGCUGCAAACUAUCAAUUUUGUCUCUUUAUACCAGCCUGUUCCGUACUUUUCGACCCAUUCGCAUGCUCGUUUGGGUUGUGAGCGGCCUAGUUCUUGGGUAUUUUGUUACAUUCUUGCCCUUAUUUUUGACACAAUGCCAUCCGAUCUCCUAUCAAUGGCAUCCCGUCCCCGGAGGCGGAUGCCGAUCUCUGAGUAUUCAAGAGAUAGCCUCUAUUACUCUGAAUAUCUUUCUCGACUCGACGAUCGCGCUGUUGCCCAUUCCAGCACUUUGGAAAUUGCACAUGUCUUUGCGGAACAAGCUCACUAUUGGUCUGAUGUUUGGUAUGGGUUUAAUUGUUGUCGCGGUCAUGGUAUGGCGCCUGAUCAUCACUUUGGAUCCUUCCACCGCGGAGGAUUUUGUCUACGGAUUAUCUAGGAUCGGCCUGGUUAGCUUCUUAGAACUUUGGCUCAGUAUCAUCAUUGUGAGCCUACCGGUUCUAGCGCCUCUCCUUCGCCACUACGUUGAGCCUCUCAUAUCCCACAAACGACCAAGUGCCGGCCAGCUUCGAGAGGCACAACAUACCAUUGGGAGCGAUCCUCCCAACAAAAGACUCGGCCCUGGUUAUGGCUAUACCGAUGUCGAAUUGGGCCACAGCAGCUAUUCCGCCCAAGGAAAGACAGGGGUGAGCUCCUUUCAGAGUGAAGGCGAAGAUACAGUGGGACUGGUCAAUAAUAUGCAACCAAAUGCGAUUACAAAAAAACAGGAGGUUGUAGUUCAAAAAAGACAAAGCAUGACGUCCCCCUCAUGA